GCUCUGACGUCACGCUGCUCCGUAUCUCGCGCUCUUUCUCGCUCUCGUUCUUUUCUAUCAUCCCCACCAACCGCGCGCGCGCGCGCGCGGGCGCGGGGUCGCUCCGUUUCUCUCUCUCUCUCUCUCUCUCUUUCUCGGCGACGGGCGUUCGAGUCGGAGCUCGCGCGGAACAGCGCGUUUCGGCUGCACGAGUAGCGAACGCGAGUCAACCGUCGAGUCGCGCGCGAUCAGUUGAUCAGUUUGCGCGUGUGCCACGAACGGAAGGAUUACACGGGUUGUGCUCCAAGUGUGUGUCGCGGAACAAGUAGAGGAAGAAGAAGAAGAAGAAGAAGACACAUCGGAGAGACGUCGACGGCGUGAGUCGCAACACGCGCCGCGACGCGCGCAGCAGGUAGCCGGAGGAGUAACGUCAGGUCGGACAGCCGCCCGAGCGCCACCGGCUUGUUGUCAAGAUGGCGUCUAAGGGGAAGCUAGACAUCGAGCAUGGCCGCUCAGAUUCGUACAGGGUCGCCACAUUACCCAACAUUCGCGACGACAACAAAACCGCAGAUGGGAUGUACAAGUCGCGGCGGAAGAACCCAAAGGCGAAGAGGGGGGACAACCUAGAUGAUCUGAAGCAGGAGUUGGACAUUGACUUCCACAAAAUCUCACCCGAGGAACUGUAUCAAAGAUUUCAGACGCACCCCGAAAACGGCCUCAGCCACGCGAAAGCGAAGGAAAACUUGGAAAGGGACGGGCCGAACGCCCUCACGCCACCGAAGCAGACUCCGGAAUGGGUAAAAUUCUGCAAGAACCUGUUCGGCGGUUUCGCCCUUCUGCUGUGGAUCGGGGCGAUCCUCUGCUUCAUCGCGUACUCGAUUCAGGCCACGACCAGCGAGGACCCGAACGACGACAAUCUCUACCUGGGCAUCGUCCUCGCGGCGGUGGUGAUAGUGACGGGUAUAUUCUCGUACUACCAGGAGAGCAAAUCGAGCAAGAUUAUGGAGUCGUUCAAGAACAUGGUGCCGCAAUUCGCCACCGUGAUCCGGGAGGGUGAGAAGCUCACCCUACGGGCGGAGGAUCUCGUGCUAGGCGACGUCGUCGAGGUGAAAUUCGGCGACCGGAUACCGGCCGACAUCAGAAUCAUCGAGGCCCGUGGAUUCAAAGUGGACAACAGCUCGUUGACGGGCGAGUCCGAGCCACAAUCGAGGUCGCCCGAGUUCACGAAUGAGAACCCGCUCGAGACGAAGAAUCUCGCCUUCUUCUCAACGAACGCGGUGGAAGGCACAGCCAAAGGUGUAGUGAUCUGUUGCGGCGAUCAAACGGUGAUGGGAAGGAUCGCGGGUCUCGCGUCCGGUCUGGACACCGGUGAGACGCCGAUCGCCAAGGAAAUUCAUCACUUUAUACACCUUAUUACCGGUGUCGCUGUCUUCCUCGGCGUCACGUUCUUCGUCAUAGCCUUCAUCCUGGGUUAUCACUGGCUUGACGCCGUUAUCUUCCUAAUCGGUAUUAUCGUGGCGAACGUACCGGAGGGUCUUCUCGCUACCGUGACAGUGUGCCUCACCCUGACCGCCAAGCGAAUGGCCUCCAAGAACUGCCUGGUGAAGAAUCUCGAGGCUGUGGAGACUCUAGGCUCGACCUCGACCAUCUGCUCGGACAAGACUGGCACUCUCACGCAAAAUCGUAUGACAGUGGCGCACAUGUGGUUCGACAAUCAGAUCAUCGACGCCGAUACCACGGAGGAUCAGUCCGGCUUGCAAUACGACCGCACCAGUCCGGGAUUCAAGGCACUGGCCAAGAUCGCGACUCUGUGCAAUCGUGCCGAGUUUAAGCCGGGCCAGGACGGUGAACCGAUUCUGAAGAGAGAGGUGAACGGCGACGCCUCCGAGGCCGCCUUACUCAAGUGCAUGGAAUUGGCAUUGGGCGAUGUCAUGGGCAUUAGGAAGCGCAACAAGAAAGUCUGCGAGAUUCCCUUCAAUUCUACUAAUAAAUAUCAGGUAUCCAUACACGAAUCGGACGAUCCCAACGAUCCUCGACAUCUCUUGGUGAUGAAGGGUGCUCCCGAGAGGAUUCUAGAUAGGUGCUCGACUAUAUUUAUCGGCGGCAAAGAAAAGGUUCUCGACGAAGAGAUGAAGGAGGCAUUCAAUAACGCGUAUUUGGAAUUGGGCGGACUCGGCGAACGAGUGCUCGGCUUCUGUGAUUACAUCCUGCCGUCCGACAAGUUCCCGGUUGGCUUCAAAUUCAAUGCCGACGACCUCAACUUCCCAGUCGACGGGCUCCGCUUCGUAGGCCUGAUGUCUAUGAUCGACCCGCCCCGGGCCGCGGUGCCCGACGCGGUCGCCAAGUGCCGUUCCGCCGGCAUCAAGGUCAUCAUGGUUACCGGUGACCAUCCGAUCACUGCCAAAGCCAUUGCCAAAUCCGUCGGCAUCAUCUCUGAAGGUAACGAAACCGUUGAGGACAUUGCGCAACGGUUAAAUAUCCCAGUAUCUGAAGUGAAUCCUCGUGAGGCUAAAGCCGCGGUUAUUCACGGAACCGAACUCAGGGAACUCAACUCCGACCAAUUGGACGAGAUUCUCAGGUACCACACCGAAAUUGUGUUCGCCCGUACCUCGCCUCAGCAGAAGCUCAUCAUCGUUGAAGGCUGCCAGCGAAUGGGCGCGAUUGUCGCUGUAACUGGCGACGGUGUGAACGACUCGCCUGCUCUGAAAAAAGCUGACAUUGGUGUUGCUAUGGGCAUCGCUGGUUCAGACGUCUCCAAACAAGCAGCUGACAUGAUUUUACUCGAUGACAACUUUGCUUCGAUCGUAACAGGCGUGGAGGAGGGUCGUUUGAUCUUUGACAACUUAAAGAAGUCCAUCGCCUACACCCUGACCUCGAACAUACCCGAAAUCUCGCCUUUCUUGGCGUUCAUCCUCUGCGAUAUUCCUUUGCCGUUGGGUACCGUCACCAUCCUUUGCAUCGAUUUAGGAACCGACAUGGUACCCGCCAUCUCGCUAGCCUACGAGGAGGCAGAGAGCGAUAUUAUGAAGCGACAACCACGAAACCCCUUCACUGACAAGCUAGUUAAUGAAAGGCUUAUUUCGAUGGCGUACGGUCAAAUCGGUAUGAUUCAAGCCGCGGCUGGCUUCUUCGUCUACUUUGUCAUCAUGGCUGAGAAUGGAUUUCUGCCUCUAUAUCUGUUUGGCAUUCGAAAGCAGUGGGACUCCAAGGCUAUCAAUGAUCUUACCGACAGCUAUGGCCAAGAAUGGACUUACAGAGACCGUAAAACACUGGAGUUCACCUGUCAUACAGCUUUCUUCGUGUCGAUCGUAAUUGUGCAAUGGGCUGAUUUGAUUGUUUGCAAAACGCGUCGCAACUCGAUUAUUCACCAGGGAAUGAGAAACUGGGCUCUGAACUUUGGCCUCAUAUUUGAGACCGCUCUCGCUGCGUUCCUAAGUUACACGCCCGGUAUGGAUAAGGGUCUUCGUAUGUUCCCACUCAAAUUUGUAUGGUGGCUGCCAGCCUUGCCAUUCAUGUUGGCUAUCUUCAUUUACGAUGAAACGAGACGAUUCUACCUCCGUCGAAAUCCAGGCGGCUGGCUCGAGCAAGAAACUUACUAUUAGACGCAAAAAGGAUUUAAUCACACGCAAGCAGAACGCGCGCGCAAGAGGAUGAAUGAACGGACGAAAGAAUGAGAGCGAGAGAAAGAAAGAGGAAGCGAGUGAGAGUGAGAGUGAGAGUGAGAGUGAGAGAGAGAGAGAGAGAGAAAGAGUGAGAGACAAAGGAAUGAGAGAGAAUGAGACGCAUACUCACACCUGAGAGAGAUACACUUGAAAAAGAAAAAAAAAAAGAAAAUUAAAUAAAUCACUCAUAUUGAACAGAUGUAACACAUUUCACAAGGGAUGUGCUACUGGGUCUAUCUGAGUCACGUGUCAAGAGAGCAAUCGGUGGACAACGAAGGAUGCUCCAAGUUUGCACAGGUUCUCACAACAAAAGAGACGCAAGAUAAUUAUACAGACACAGAGAAGACCCUCUAGUGCUAUUAGGUACAGCGCGAGGUACAAAAAACACGCUCGUCGUUCUGGCUUCGCUGCCAAUUGCUUGUACGCGCGUGCCGAGUUUCGUAGUCUGAAAAAUUGGCAUUCGAGAGAGACUGUCGAUGAAGGAGGUAUAUUGGUGAGGAAACCACUAUGACUACUCUUAUACAAACGAUGCCGAUCGGGAAGCCGCGCUUUCCGCUUCGCUUCCGACUACAACACGACUACGGGACUUUUUGGUGACGACUAGUACCGUUGCUGUCAAAUUCUGGAUGGGAUAUACUCUGCGAGCAUCGCUCGAAGAUGGAACGAAGGAAUGAGAGAAUGAAAUAAAAAUUUGCCGAGUUGAUAGAGCUGCAAGCGCGACUGAUGCACGAGUGCCAGGCCUAAAGAAACGUGAUAAUGCGAUAAAAGGAAGCCGAAAUGGCAACAAGAACGAAAAUCCGGAAUGACAGCAGAAACGGACAUGUUCAAGAGAGAGAGAGAGAGAGAGAGAGAGAGGGAGAGAGAGAGAGAAGAGAAGAGACGGGGUGUUUACGCGCGAUAGAGAAUCACGGAAUCACGUGCGUCCUUAUGUAUGUCGUAUCGCGAUUUACUACAUUCACGCGACUUCUUACUAUUAGUGGCGUAUUAUCAUAGAUAUCUUUGCGUUACUAAAACUUCGUAAUAGGCUUUCGUUGAUCGUUGAUCAAUGUGCGCAAAAUAUCGUUGAUCAAUGUGCGCUAAGGUCGGCACACACAACACGUCCUCCAUUGAGAAGAACUUUAGUUGGAAGACAAGAGACGAGGGAUUCACUGAAAAAUGAGAAGAUCUAGAGACCGACGCGAAAGAGCAAACAAAAAAAGUGCUCAAUGUAACAGGAAAAUCAUUACAAAAAUUCUUAAGCAUUUCUCGUGACGCUGAAAUACUUCGUACGAAAAUUAAUUAUUAAUUGUAACGAAGGACCUGAUGUCGCAGGUAUCUAAUACGGUCUAUAGUCAUAUACGUCAAGAUUAAAUAACAUUAAAAUAAAGAAAAGAGAGGGAGAGAGAGUUAUGAUAAAUAAUUAAAUGAAAUAAAAAAUAAUAAAAUAUAAUUAAAUAAAACCGCAUUCGCAGUAUUUAUUAUUAUUAAUAAACGACAUGUUCGGUUUUGGGUCUUAAUCCGCAUAGCUAUCAGGAAAAAAAAACGGCGAAAAACGUAUCGCGUAGUUUCAGUAGUUACAAUUUUUAGCGUGAAGUUAAUAUCACACUAAACACGCGACACACGGGGAAGUGGAGAAUGGAAGAAAGAUGCUAAGGUUGGUUCUAACUGGGGUGAUUUAUUUCAUUAAGAUUGAGCAGCAGGAGGAAGAAAGAGAUAAUGGACAGCGAAGAUAUGUGAACAGUAUAUAUAAAAUAAGUAUCAACUAAAUCACUAUAUACCGAUUGACGAGGGUGGACUAAUAAGCGAUACGUUAUUAAUCGCACAUGCGGAUAGUAGAGCGAUGAGAGGUCGCGGCCUGGUUGCCAGCGAACCGGAGAAAGAAGGGAAACAGGAGAAUCUGCCACAUGCUCUCCGAGAAAAUAAAUUAUGAAACGUUAUUGAUUAAUGCGCGCGCGUAGAGAAAAGAGUGUUAAGAGAGAGAGGAGGGGAGAGGGAGAGAAGAGAAAGGGGAGGUGAGAGAGAGAGAGAGAGAGAGAGAGAGAGAGAGGAGGGGAGCGAUAAUGUUCAAUAAGGCGGGAUAACGAGACGGCGAAUGUUAAAUACCGUGAAUACUUUGUAUUAACGAUGCACUAUGCAGGAUGUAGGAGAAGGAAGAGACAGGCCGCACGCGGAGCAGAAGUAAAAAAAAAAAAAAAAAACAAAAGAAACGUUCUUACUUAGAUAAAAGCUAAAUGAAGAAUAUAAAAAUUCCUUCUCUUAGUUUUUCAUAGAUUUAAAACGCCAGAGCGGGACAGCUCGCUAUAAAUCAUUGAUUCCCCCCCACAACGCGGAACGCCCUGUGUAGCAGCGAAUUCGCGAUCUCUGUCAGCCAGCCGGCGAGCGCGUUGUCCGUGUUUUACAUGUGGUAUGCGUGUAUGUGCGUUGUGCAUGUAGUGUCGAAACAGCACAACCGUGACUUAAAAUGCCUGCCACGCGACUUUUUUUUUCGGGCCGGGACGAUCCGAGACGGAUGUCAUUGAUGAGAUCUCGCAAUCGAAUACACGAAUAUGUCUCCCACAGGAGUUUUUCUCAGUCGCGUUGUCCGCGUUUGCCCCAAACGCAAUCGCGAUCGUGCUACUCUGUUGUUAGCUAGAAGGUUCGCAGUUUCGCAGGUUAAGAAUAAAAUGAAAUCAGAAUUAAACUAGUUUUCUUUAUUGGUCCAAGCGUAUAAUCGUGCUGGACAAGAUGCUACGCAUCUUGGAUAACGGAGAGACGAUGAUCAAUAAGUGGCACAAUUUGGCAGAAAUUGGCGGUCAAAUGAAAUUUCAAGGCAUCUUUUUCAGUUGCUCGUCAGCUAUCGUGGUACGCGAUCAGUUAAAGGCCCUCGUAGCGAUCGGAUGGCAAUCAUUCCAUUUUCUUUGCGAAUCGAUAAGACUUUUCUCGUUUGUGUGUCGCGAGUCGUGAUAAAGUGAUAUAUUUACUUGAUAUAUUUUAAUGAAAACGGUAUACGAAUCGUGUGCAUUGCUUUGCGAAGAGAAUGGAGCGAUGGUAGUUAAGUUGUUACAACGAUGUUAUAAUAACCGCGAGGAAAUGGCGUUCUCGAGCCGAGUAUGAUGGUGGCGUACGCGGCCGCGCGCGCGUGCGUGCCUGCGUGCGUGAGGGUCAACGAGCGGAGAUGCGGAGAUGCGGAGAUGCGGUGAUGUGUGAUGAUGCGCGGCGAUGCGGCGACGCGGCGACGCGGCGACGCUCGCUCGGCGGUCCAGGCCCCAAAACUACCCUAAGUGUUCAAUAAUCGAGAUAUUCUCGAGAUGUCCUAUAUGCGCAUAAACGCGAGACGUUUCUUCCUUCGCCGGUUUCCUCCAUUCGGUGCUGUCGCCUCGAGUCUCGCUACGAGUAGUCACGCGAAUACGCGAAUAAGAUGACGACGCGCCAUGCGUUCCCUCGACCUCUCUCGCGACUUUUCUCUGUUACACGCGCGCGCGAGAGGUUGCGCGAACCUGCGCGUCUCAUUCCCCGGAUGAAACGAGAUCUAAGAGAUGUCCAAAGUACAUCUGUGCGGGAGAAUGACGAAGCGGUAUUUCUUUCUUUCGAGUCGCGAAUCGAGUCACGAGUCAUCACGAGGGUGAGAAGAAGAGGCAUCGCAUAGCGACCCGCGGUCAGUCCGUAUGUCGGCAAUUAGAAUUGCCAAAGUUUCAAAACUACCCAUCUGUCAUCGAGACAUGUGAGAUUAGUGAGACGCGCGUUGUGCGAGACAUUUAUUGAUUCAAACGUUCGUCACUCACCGGCGUUUCCAGAUCGACCGACGCCGAUCCCGAUUAAUCUAUCGAUUCUCCUUCCCUGUCUGUUUUAUAGAUGGAACUGUAAUUUAGAAGAAAGAGACACAGCGAAUAGUCGAACCGAAAUUCGGAAUUGGAUUAGAGCUCGAUUUUAUCUCUCUGUCGUAGAUCGAUCGCUUCUGUCACAACGAAAAUGCGGAAAUUUAAGACGUUUCGUGCGCGAAUGUUACUUUCGAUGGAUCGCCAUUUUUUCAGAAUGGAUGAGAGAGAGAGAGAGAGAGGGGGGGGGGUGAGAAGAUGAGAGAACGAAAGAGCGGAGCAUAUCUGUGUGUAUGUGUGCGAGUAAAGAAAGAAAUGUAUGUAAUGGAUAUCUUUGAAGAUACGCAGCGUUGUCGACAGGGUGUUCCGUGCCCGGGGGGCCGUAGGAGCCCAAAAAAAGCUUUGCCGUCGUGCGCAGCCUCUUUACUUUAGGCUAAUAUAAUUUAAUUAUUAUUAAUAAUAUAAUAGUAAUAAUAAAUAAAUAAUGAUAAAUAAUAAUAAUAAUAAUAAUACAUGUUACAAUAAGAUAUUAUUAGAUGUAAUUAUUAUAUAUGGUUUAGUCUAGAUCGUGUUGUUGAAGAAAAAAAAAACACAAAGUACGUAUAAGCGAUAAAAAGAUUAAGGACAAAGUAGAAAAGAGAUGCGAUGAUAGAGAGGAGAAGGAGAAGGAAGAAGAAGAGGGAAGAAAAACGAAUUGAAAGCAGAUACACGCCAAGCGGAAAGGAAGUUUCGGUCUAAGACCACACGAUCCUUUUGCGGUGGACUGAGCGGGACGACGCUGCGCUUACAUACUUAUUCACGCGCGUGCAUCAAACGCCUCGAACGUAUUAAAAACUUAUUUAUGGAAUGCAGGACAAUGUUACGCUUUCAUAUAUUUGCGCGCGCAGUUUAGAGACAGGAACCAUCGAGAAGCCUCGUUAGACUCGUUAUCGCAUUCGUUUCUCUAUUUUUUUGCGUAUUUCCGGAAAAAAGAACAAGAGGCACGUGAUGCUUUCUGCGCAGCUCUUCAUUUCUCGAGGACGAAAGCAGAAGCGUCGUGAUUCUCUCCGUGAUCGAGACAUACACGCACACAUACACUCACACAAACAUAUUCAACUCACGAGAAACGCGGUUCUUUGUUUUUUCCAAAAGAAAAAAAAAAUGCUUGUUAGGAAAAUCCCUGGUGGAUUUUAACGCCGCGCGCCUGCACAGCCCGCCGCAUACCGCAUCGGAAUCAUUGAACGAUUAAAAAAAGAAAUCUUAAAAAAAAAAAGAAAAAGAAAGAAGAAAGGCGGAGGUGACGUUUUAUUAAUACUGUACAUAUUUUAAAUAAUUGAAGACGAAUAGAUAGAUCGCGCGCGCGAACUUGGGCGGUGACCUCGAUCGAAAGGCGAUCUCGUCCUUAAAGACGGGAACGCUUUUUCGUCACGGAUCUACCGUACUCUUCUUUUCUGUUUCUUUUUUUUUGCGUUUUUUUUUUUAAUGCAUCGCGUCGCAACAUACACGCCGACACACACACUUAUACAUCGCGUGUAGAGAAACACCGAUUAAAGGCAGAUGCUCGGAAAUGACACUUUAUUAUUACACCGUUCCAGCAAUCAUCUUCCGAUUGACGAUUCUCUUUUUCGCAAUGAAUUAUUACUCGAUAAGUUUUGUUUUACACGCAACACACAUAUUCACACACACGUAAAUUACAUCACAAACUAAUACAAAUACAACCCAAGUGUCAUUACUUUUGAUGUUAAAUAAAAAAUACAUAAUUAUUAGA